AUGGCAGCACCACCUGCGAAAAAGCUGAAGAUGACCGCCCAAAUGCCCAUCGUGUUCACAAGACAUGGAAUGAAACCUGACACACUUUUAAAGGUGUUCGGUCUCGAAUUUCAUGUCCAUUCCGUGGUCCUCAAGAUAAACUCUAAAUUCUUCCAUAAGUUUAUGGAUCCCGAUAACGGUGUUGUGGUUGUACCACCAGCAUCUUCACCUUUCAAAUAUGAGUGGUACACUAAAAUUGAUGAUGGUGAUAAAGAUUGGUGCCUUUCCGCCCAAUCAGAGCUUCGCGAUGUAGACCUUUCCGGCUUCAAAGGCGGCAGACUGGAGGAGGAAUCUGCGUUUUACAAUGUCAUAUGUGCCAUUUUCGGCCACCCAUACAGCAUCAAAGACGCAACUCAGCUUACAAAAAUGACCGAAAUUGCGGACUACUACAUCUGCCUUCAAGCCCUAUCAAAUUCACUUUCCACGGCAUUGUUCAACAACCCUGGACUCGUCAAGGACAUCCCAAACACAGCUUGUUGUAUGCUCGAGGUUGCGUAUAAGCUCCGCCAUGAGGCUCUCUUUAAAGAAUGCUUUAUUCAUGUUCUUGGGCCAUGGACAAAGCCACAGUGGCGACAGCUUGCAGACCAAAAGCUUAAGGAUAUGGCUACGAUUGCAGAUACCAAGAUCAAGCAUAAGCUCCUCAUUGUUCACUCGAAUAUUAUUCAACUUCAUUCUGACCAGAAGAGAUAUGGCGGCCUUGCAGCGCAGUUUGCAAAGAUAUCAGCUAAGUGCCGUAACGUGGACGGCAAGGUCUUGCAGCCGCUCUACUUCCGAGAACUUUCUCAGUUGCAAUAUGAUACUCAGGGCAUUGAGAUCACUGUCAGCCAGAUCUUAGCCCCUAUUCUUGAAAAUCGCCUCGAAUUAGACCGAUCACGCUUGGAAGCCGGAGAGGGAAUAUACGAGGACUUCUUUCUCUGCGCUGAGGUUAAAAAUAUCCCCUGGGAUCGAUCGAAAAAGGAUUGGUAA